AUUGCAUCAACAAACUCGUUUCCUUUGACCUUCAUUACCUGGUACCACUGCUUGCGUAAUUCAAUUAGAAAGUGCCGCUAUAGGAGUUGACGCUGGCUUCGAUAUGGUCCCCUUGUCUAUCUGAAGGAGUCGUUGAUAGACACAAAUGGAACCGGUUUGUCGGCUUCAUCAAGAACCAUUAUAAAGACGAUAGCCAGGUCGAGAUAAAACCGAAUUACAUCCUAUUCAAAGCUGGGGAACACCCUAUACUUCCUUUUAAGGGCCACAAAUUCCUGCAUUUCAGUUCGAAAGUUUCGGGGAUCAUCGCAGCGGCUACAAGAGUAGCAAGCUAUAUCAACACUGUUACCAGAAUUGCAAAGGUUCACUUCGGCUCCCGUGUCCAGUACUGGGACGAAGGUGACGACCAGUAUGGCAAUUACGACGGGAAUGAAGUCAGAGUUAAUCAGAUCCUAUGAGCAACGAGACGAGCCUGAGAUCAAUACCAGCAUCGCAUCUCUCCUCACCGGUACUAAUCCCAUCAAUGAGCUUGGUAUCCCACUUUUCGAAAUUAAGGACAUUCCCAGAAAAGGCAAAUGUCUCAUUGCCCGUUUCAAUAUAUCCAACGGCACUCGGAUACUUUGUGAGAAGCCAGUUCUUACGGCUUAAUCCAUGCCGCCCAAUGAGUUGGAGUUGAUCCUCGCGGCCAGGCUAAGGGCAUUGCCCAAAGCGUCGCAACGACAAUUUUUGUCCCUUUACAACAACUGCCCGGGAAAGCAUCCGUUUAGCAACACUUUUAAGACCAAUGCUCUACCCUGUGGCGCAGGCUCAGUGGUGGGUGGAGUCUACCCUACGAUUUGCCUCAUCAAUCACAACUGUAUUCCAAACUCUCACAACAACUGGG